CCCUUCCCACUGUGACAAAUUAGUCAAAUAGUCGGAGCGGGACUGACAUUCACCAGUUAAGGCAUUGUUCGGGAUCUUUUGCUCUCCACUUUACUCUCUCGUUUGCAUCGUGGCGCCGGGGUGGGAGUUGACCGCUAAGCGUUAGGAGCCUCAGAAGCACUUGACUUGGCUUUGAUUACUACAUACACGAGACCGUAUAUCCGAGAGAGAAGAGAGAGAGAGAGUGCAAGGGGGCAGGACUUCUUUUCUCUUCUGCUUUUAAGUGGAAACUGUUUUUCGUUCUCAAAGUUCAGCUCAGUUCUCGCAAGCGGCGUUUCCUCUCCAAGCUGCAAGAGUUUAUUUUGUGCGCCAAUGUCUUUGUUCUUUCGCCUUUUUAUACUUUUUAGGGGGAGCCUGAGUAUCAAAAGGCAAUGCUCCUCCUAAUUAGACCCACUACUCGUAUUAAUUUAACUUCCAUCGCAUUGCACUUUUUGUUCAUGCUAUUUUGAGUUGGGAUAUAAAAUAUAGUUUACUUUGACUGUUUUGGAUGAAGAUGACCUACGUGUAUCGUUCGUUAUCUGAAAGCAAGAUGCUGGUUAAGUUUAUCUUACUGUGCGUGCUGGAGUUUUAUGCCGGUGAUGCAGUUUCCGACGCCGGUCUUGUCACUUUCAAGGAAUCUGUUCCACCUGUGAGCGAUUCGCUUCUCGCACCUGCCCUCCGUAAAAACGGAAUAGUGCAAAACAUCGAUCGGAUCUACCACGGGGGUGGAAAAGUUGGCUAUCUGCUCUAUGUGGACGGCAGGAAAUUUCAAUUGGAUAUGGAAAGGGAUGAAGCGCUGUUAUCCCGACACUUCAGUUCCAAGUAUGUGGAUGCGAUACAUACGACUGGCGACCGUAUAAGACCACUACACAAGGAGUGCGUUUACCGUGGCACGGUGGAUUCCAAUCCAGAAUCUCUUGCGCUUUUCAGUCUGUGCCGUGGCCAGCUGGAAGGAUUUUUUGCGGUGAAGCACGCCCGCUACACUAUCAGACCGCUCACCAGGGUGAAAGGACACGAGAACGAUGCGCAUUCCACGGAGGACGCAGCCUCAGACCCGGUACUUCACUAUUAUACGCGAGAGGGUUUCAGUUUUGAGGCAAUGCCAGUGCGUGAGAGCUGUGGCACGCGAGAAGGGCGAGGGCGCAGGCAUGCCAACGGGAAGCGCCGUCGCGGGGAACUGGGAAGGAGAACUCGCAGUCGCAGUUUUGCGCUGGAUGGAAACGGGCGCAGAGCGCAUGACGCAAAGUGGUGGCUGUCAAGGUCCGAUUCUCAUAUAUCAGGUAAGAGGCGCAAGAGGUCGGUUUCUCGCGCCAGGAACGUGGAACUGCUUCUAGUUGCUGACGAGACCAUGUCCAAGAAGUAUGGCAAGGAUCUGAAUCACUACCUGUUGACGCUGGCUUCUAUCGCCUCCAAACUCUACGGCCACGCCAGCAUUGAGAACCCCAUCCGUCUGUCAGUGGUGAAAGUGGUGGUGGUGACAGAUAAGGAGAAGGGACUGGAGAUUUCCAAAAAUGCAGCAUCCACACUCAAGAGUUUCUGCAAAUGGCAGAAUCAGCAGAAUCCACUGGAUGAUGACCACCAAGAGCACCAUGAUGCUGCCAUCCUCUUCACCAGGCAGGACCUGUGUGGGCACCACUCCUGUGACACGCUGGGCAUGGCGGACGUGGGCACCAUCUGCUCUCCGGAGAGGAGCUGCGCCGUGAUCGAGGACGACGGGCUGCACGCCGCAUUCACCGUGGCGCACGAGAUCGGGCACCUCCUGGGUCUGUCUCAUGACGACUCAAAGUUCUGCGAGGAGCGCUUUGGCUCCAGCGAGGACAAGCGCCUCAUGUCCUCCAUCCUGACCUCCAUCGACGCCUCCAAGCCCUGGAGCCGCUGCACCUCCUCCACCAUCACCGACUUCUUCGACGACGGCAACGCGGAAUGCCUGCUGGACUCCCCCCGCCAGUCCAUCCUGGGCCCCGAGGAGCUGCCGGGCCAGAGCUACGACGCCAUCCGCCAGUGCCGGCUGGCGUUCGGGGCGGAGUACACAGUGUGCCCGGGCAUGGACGUGUGCGCCCGUCUGUGGUGCGCGGUGAUCCGGCAGGGCCAGAUGGUCUGCCUCACCAAGAAGCUGCCGGCCGUGGAGGGCACGCCCUGCGGCAAGGGCCGCAUCUGCCUGCACGGCAAGUGCGUGGACAAGACCCGCAAGAAGCAGUACACGACCUCGAACCAUGGCAGUUGGAGUUCGUGGGGGUCCUGGGGCUCGUGCUCUCGUUCAUGCGGUGGGGGGGUGCAAUUUGCUCACCGUCUGUGCAACAACCCUCCCCCCCGGAAUAACGGGAGGUACUGCACAGGCAAGAGAGCCAUCUACAGGUCCUGCAACGUCAGCCCCUGCCCAGAGCCCAGUAAGAGCUUCCGUCUCCAGCAGUGCGAGGCGCGGAACGGGCCCCAAACUGACCCCAAGGGGGUGAAGACGUUCGUGGAAUGGGUCCCCAAAUUCGCCGGGGUCCUGCCCGGGGAUGUGUGCAAACUGACAUGUCGAGCCAAGGGAACAGGAUACUAUGUAGUGUUCUCCCAGAGGGUGACAGACGGGACAGAGUGCAGGCCGUACAGCAGUUCGGUGUGUGUGAAGGGGAAGUGUGUGCGCACCGGAUGCGAUGGGAUCAUCGGCUCCAAACUGCAGUUCGACAAGUGUGGCAUCUGUGGAGGGGAUAGCACUUCCUGUGUGAAGGUGAUGGGAAAUUUCACCAAGAAGAGUAAGGGCUACACGGACGUGGUGAAGAUUCCGGAAGGUUCCACGCACAUCAAGAUCCGUCAGCACAAGCCCAAGGACCAGCUGCGCUUCACGGCCUACCUGGCGCUGCGGCGGGCCGCCGGGGACUACCUGCUCAACGGGAAGUUCAUGAUCUCCACGUCGGAGACGGUCAUCCCGCUCAGCGGCAUGGUGCUCAACUACAGCGGCUGGAGCCAGAGGGACGACUUCCUGCACAGCAUGGGGCCCGGGGCCCUGCGCGAGCAGCUGACCGUGCAGAUCCUGGCCACCGACGCCAAGCGCCCGCUCGACGUGCGCUACAGCUUCUUCGCGCCGCGCCAGGCGGCCCCGCCCUCGCCGCCGCCGCCGCCCCCGGCGACGGGCGCUCAGUGGGCCACGGGCUCGUGGCUGGCCUGCUCGCGGACCUGCGACGCGGGCUGGCAGACGCGCACCGUGCAGUGCAAGGACCAGCGGGGGGCGCUGGCCAAGGGCUGCCUGCUGGCGGACCGACCGUCCGCCUUCAAACACUGCGUCGUCAGGAAGUGCUGACACGGGCCGGGUUCCGCGCGAACUCCCGCCAACACGCGCCGCGGCCCGGGGCGGACGCUCGCACGCAGACGCGCAGAGCACCUCCCCUCUGUCAUCCUUUCGUUUUCCGUCUUCCCUCCGUUUUUGGCCGUCAUUACCGCUUGUUAACAUGAUUACCGUUUAUAGUAUUGUCCUUUUUGGUAUUAUUUGAGUUUUUGCCAUUUAAGGCUUGCGUGUCUGAACUCCUGAACAAGGGCUUUGGAAAUGGGGACCCCCCCCACCCCCAGCUCAGUAUGCACUUUUGAGCGGUUCCUGCCCUAGCCCAGCUUGGCGCAGUCCAGUCUGAGCCCCCCAGGGGGCGCUAUGCAGGAUCACUGGGGCCUGAGCUGGGGUUGCUCCUGUUGGGCCCACAACGAUACUUCUGCAGAGUGGAACUGAUGGACUGUCAGCAGUGGAUACAGAGAAAGGACUGCACUGGGUGCUCAAGGGAGAGAGGGGGCUACAGAAGAAGGGAGAGAUAGAGGAAGACAGUACUGCAGACUGAGUACUGAGAGACAGAGGGAGAGAGGGCCACAGUCAGAGAAAGUGUAUGGACUGUGUGUUUGCAGCAUCCAUGUAAAGUGGGCUAUACAUGGGGGGGGGCUUGCUCAUUAUUCUCAUCAUGGAAAUGUAGCACACAGGAGCACUGCAAUUCUCUCAUUUAGGUUUUUUUUCUUUGGUCAUCUUUGUGUUGUUUGUCUGUAUGUCUGUCUGUGUGUAUGUCUGUCUGAAGUGUUGUAAUAUGACAAUGUGUGCCCUGAAUACUCGCAAAUACAGCAAGAGGGAAUGUGGGACUGGAGCAACUUGACACAGUCAAGUAUUUUCUGAACUUUCAAAUCUCACUAUCUCAUACUCUCACUCAAAAUCCUAACUCACACACACUAUCUCCAACUCACUUUCGCUUACCGAUUCACUCCUUCACGCUGUCACUAACUCACUUUCACUUACUGAGUACCUCACUCUGUCAUCCAAUCACUUCCACUGACCAAUUCAUUCCUAUACACUGACCAAACGAUUCACUCUCCCGCUGCCACUCAUUUGCAACUGAUUCUUUUGCAAAGAUUCAAUCUUUGCUAUCGCUCUCAGUUAUGCCCACCAUCCAGAAUUAUAUCAUGUAGUGUCACCCAACGGGGGAGUGAUUCUGUGUACUCAUUUCCUCCACCUACUCGUGCGGAAGUCGACUCAGCGGUGGGUACACUAGGCAAUCCAAAAAUUGACAGAGGACAGCGCAGCAAUGGGACUGGCCUGCAGUAAUGAUUCGGCAUUCUAAGUUGAGAGGGGUGUAAUUGUUAAAAGUUAAAGUUGCACCCCCCCCCCCCCCCAUUGAUCACUCUAGCUCACACACUCAUUCGCUCACCAGUCUCACAAAUGACCCAUCCCGCUCACUAAUGUUUUCCGUCAUCUUUAUUCUCAUCUAUACAACAGCUGCUCACACUGUGGUGCAAAAACUCACAAUAUGCACUGUAGUACAAACACUCCUGCACACGUUCCUCAGAGUGACAAACUCACACACACACACAGACAUCCAUCUUAACACACACACAUGCACGCACACACACACAUAUCCACCUUAACACACACAUGCACGCACACACACACACACACACACACACACACACACACACACACACAUACACAUCUUAACACAUGCACACACAUACUUGCAUACAGAGACACACUCAAACAUUUGCACACACAAUGGACCUCAUUCACAAAACUUUUAUUAAAUUAUUCCUACUUUUGUUCUUAAAAAUGUUCCUACAAAAAAAAAAAGAGAUUCAUGACACGUGCGCCAGCCAUGUUUGUGUCCAUAUCUCAGGUGUAUGAGAUGAUGAAUGCUGGCUGUUUGUAAAUUUUAUGCGCAAUCCUGUUCAAGUGAUUUGCAUAAGGAAACACCCUUGAACAAAUAUAGAUAAGAAAAAAAUGAUGAAUGCCGAAAUGUUCUUGGAAACGUUCUUACCUGCAGUUUACGAUCAAAUGUGGUCGUACACGUUUUGUGAAUGAGGCCCAAUGUGUCCAAUUCUGUUUACCCAACCCACCAUGAGGAAACCUCCCUGUCAUGAACAACAGAAACACAGCACUGAAAUCAUAAUAAUUUAUUGUCUGUACAACUUGUAUGUGAAAAGUUAUUUAUUAUGAUUAUUUUGUAUGAUAAUUAUUAUUUAACGGGAAAUACCAAUUGUGCAGAACAUUUCAUUUUUUAAAGAAAAUAAUGUUUUUACAGUGUCUCGUGAAUAUAUGUAUAUAAAUAUAUAUUUAAAUAUGUGUAUAUUUUAUGAAUGUGUCUUGGAUAUGUUUGCACUUCAGUACUGCCCAGAGGCUAUUUUGCAGACAGUAAGGUUUUUAUAUCAGAAUUAAUCUGUACCAAAAACCUCCUCACUCUCUAAUUCUCAGGCCACUUCAUCCAGUCCAUAUUCUUCUAGUCUCUCCCUUUCUCACUUUCUCUCUCUCACACUCUCUCGCUUUCUCUGUCUCUCUCUCACUCACUCACUCUCUCUCACUUUUUCUCUCUCUCUCUCUCUGUCUGUCUGUCUCUCUCUCUCUCUCUCUCUCUCUCUCUCUUUCUCCAGGGUCACAUGAUUUCCUUAUUCUCACAGCAGCACACAGCACACGGAUACUGUGUGGUCAAAGCUCCUCAAAAUAAUAUGGAAAUCUCACCUGUGCCUUUCUCAUUAUGCAGGUAUCUUUACAGCACCAGUUGAUUGUGGCAGGUAAAAAUCAAUUUAAUAAAAUAAGAUGUGCCAUCUA